CCACCAUGCCCGGGGGUGUGGGCGCCGCCCGGCUCUGCCUGCUGGCGCUCGCCCUGCCGGCAUGGACCAGAAGAGGAAGUGGGCAAGCCAGUCCCCAGCUGCAGCAUGAACAAAUAAUACCUCAAUGGAAGACUGCGGAAAGCCCUACAGGAGGAAAGCAUCCACUCAAAGCUGAGCUCAGGGUAAUGGCUGAGGGGCGUGAGCUGAUCCUGGACCUGGAGAAGAAUGAGCACCUUUUUGCUCCAGACUACACAGAAACCCAUUAUACUGCAAGUGGCCGCCCUCAAACCACCACGCUGAGAUCUGAGAAUCACUGCUUUUACCACGGGACGGUGAGGAAGGCAGAACAGUCCAGUGUCACGCUCAGCACCUGCCGGGGAAUGAGAGGCCUGAUUGUGGUGAGCAGUAACCUCAGCUACAUCAUCGAGCCCCUCCCCAGCAGUGCGGGCCUCCACCUUAUCUACAGAUCUGAACAUCUCAAGCUACCUCCCGGGAACUGUGGGUUCGAGCACUCUAGAACUGCCAGCAGGGACUGGGGCCUUCAGUUUACAAAACAGGUCAAGCAACGACCUCGCAGGAUGAAAAGGGAAGAUUUAAACUCCAUGAAGUACGUGGAGGUUUACCUCGUGGCUGAUUAUGCGGAGUUUCAGAAGAAUGGACGAGACCCGGAUGCCACCAAACACAAGCUCAUGGAGAUCGCCAAUUAUGUUGAUAAGUUUUACCGAUCCUUCAACAUCCGGAUUGCUCUCGUGGGCUUGGAAGUGUGGACUCACGGGGAUAUGUGUGAAGUUACAGAGAACCCGUACUCUACCCUCUGGUCAUUUCUUCGUUGGAGGCGCAAGCUGCUGCGUCAGAAGAAGCAUGACAAUGCACAGUUAAUCACGGGCGUGUCCUUCCAUGGCAUCACCAUCGGCCUGGCCCCCCUCAUGGCCAUGUGCUCCGUGUACCAGUCUGGAGGAGUCAACAUGGACCACUCUGAGAAUUCCAUCGGCGUGGCUGCCACCAUGGCCCACGAGAUGGGCCACAACUUUGGCAUGAGCCACGAUUCUGCAGAUUGUUGCCCAGCCAGUGCGGCUGACGGUGGGUGCAUCAUGGCAGCCGCCACCGGGCAUCCUUUCCCCAAAGUGUUCAACGGGUGCAACAGGAGGGAACUGGACAGGUAUUUGCAGUCCGGCGGCGGAAUGUGUCUCUCAAACAUGCCAGACACCAGGACGCUGUACGGAGGCCAGAGAUGUGGAAAUGGGUACCUGGAAGAUGGGGAAGAGUGUGACUGUGGGGAGGAGGAGGAAUGUGACAACCCCUGCUGCAAUGCCUCUAACUGCACCCUGAGAGAGGGCGCGGAGUGUGCCCACGGCUCCUGCUGUCACCGCUGCAAGCUCCUGGCCCCUGGCACGUUGUGCCGCCAGCAGGCCCGGCAGUGCGACCUCCCCGAGUUCUGCACGGGCAAGUCUCCCCACUGUCCCACCAACUUCUACCAGAUGGAUGGCACCCCCUGCGAGGGUGGCCAGGCCUACUGCUACAAUGGCAUGUGCCUCACCUACCAGGAGCAGUGCCGGCAGCUGUGGGGUCCCGGAGCCCGGCCUGCUCCUGAUCUCUGCUUCGAGAAGGUGAAUGUGGCAGGGGACACCUUCGGAAACUGUGGGAAGGACAUGAAUGGGGAAUACAAGAAGUGCAGCAUGAGAGAUGCCAAGUGUGGGAAGAUCCAGUGUCAGAGUUCUGAGGCCCGGCCCCUGGAGUCCAACGCGGUGCCCAUCGACACCACCAUCAUCAUGAACGGGAGGCAGUUCCGAUGUCGGGGCACCCACGUCUACCGAAGUCCCGAGGAGGAGGGUGACAUGCUGGACCCAGGCCUGGUGAUGACCGGAACCAAGUGUGGCUACAACCACAUUUGCUUCGAGGGGCAGUGCAGGAACACCUCCUUCUUUGAAACAGAAGGCUGUGGGAAGAAGUGCAAUGGCCACGGGGUCUGCAACAACAAUCAGAACUGCCACUGCUUCUCGGGCUGGGCCCCGCCCUUCUGUGACACAGCCGGCUUUGGGGGCAGCAUUGACAGCGGGCCCAUGCCCCCCGAGGGCAUAGGUCCCGUGGUGGCCGGAGUGUUCUCGGCCCUGUUCGUGCUGGCCGUGCUCGUGCUGAUGUACCACUGCUGCAGGCAGGACAGCAGGCUGGGCCAGCUCAAGCCCUUUGCCCUGCCCUCCAAGCUGAGGCAACACUUCAGUUGUCCCUUCAGGGUGUCUCAGAGCAGUGGAACUGGCCACGCCAACCCAACGUUCAAGUUGCAGACACCCCAGGGCAAGCGAAAGGUGACCAACACCCCUGAAACUCCACGGAAGCCCUCCCAGCCUCCUCCGCGGCCCCCUCCAGGCUAUCUGCAUGGCGGGUCCCCACCCGAGCCACUGUCAGCACACCUCACCAGGGCUCUCAGGAGCUCCCCAGGGGCUGGAUCCCCAGUAGAGAGGAAGGAGUCAUCCAGGAGGCCUCCCCCAAGCCGGCCAAUGCCCCCUGCACCAAAUUGCAUACUCUCCCAGGACCUCUCCAGGCCUAGACCACCCCAGAAGGCGCUCCCGGCUAACCCGGUGCCGGGCCGCAAGAACCUCCCCAGGCCAGCCGGUGUCGCCAUUCUGCCACCCACUGCCACCCGCCCUGAGCAGGCCAGGCCUCUGAUAGCAUCUGCCCUCAAGUUUCCUGACUAUAGGUCGCAGAGGGCUGGGCAGAUGACUAGCUCAAGAAUCUAGACCUGUCCACGGGGCUGCUCCCUUUCCUGAAGGACUCUGAACACCAGUCUGGAAGAAGCCUGUCUGGCCGCCUCUGAGCCCCUCUUCCCUCCUCCCGGAACCACUGCAUCUCCGAAAACCUCCUGGAUUCAGGGCCUCCCCCGCCUCCUGGGAGGCCACAGGGACCACUCUCCAAUGGCAUCCAAGUGUUGUUUUGUGCAAUAUACAGCCCGGGGCAGGGGGGGCACGCAGGAGAGGAUGAGUGGCAGCUCCUCCACCCUCCCUUCAGCUGGCCCCUCACCUCAGACUGCCCGUGGCCCAGGCAGUCUGAGCUGAGGAGCCUGCCUGGGAACAGUCCCCUCAGGGCAGGGCUCAUCUUGGAGCAGCCACCCACUCUCACCCUGUGAUGGAGGGUGUGCAUGACAGCUUUCGAUUGCUUCUGUCUUCCUGGAAGGUCCCAGGCUGGACCGAGGCUAGGCACUUACCCGUCCUCCGUAGGUCUGAGAUUGAGAGGGGUCAAACCAGCCACUGCUGGGUCCCUGCUCCAUUGGGGUCACAGCUCUGGCUCUGCAGCCACAUGUGAACAAAUCCAGUCCCCUCCUCACCCCUCCCACACCCCCACAUGCCCUCAUUUCCCAGGUCACUGACUCAGACAGGUACUAUUCGUAGGCAGUGUAGACAGCAGGGGGAGCCCCAGGCCUCCUCUGAGCCUAAUGCCAAAGGUUUUGCCUCUUGACUCCCUAGAAUUCUUGGUUGCCCUUGUUUUCGCCUCUGCACUUCCCAAGUGCCCCACGCUUUGCUGUCUCCUUCCCUGCUUGGACCCACUCAGUGUGUGGUGCCGUGGAGAGUGGACCCUCGGCCGUCCUGACUUCCUGGGGUCUGGUGCUUGUGACCUGCAUGACAAGGUCCUGCCUCAAGGGUUGGCUCCAUCGGCUCUCAAGGGUGUUGGCCAAAGUGGACUCGCGCCAUGGCUGUGGGGGUCAUGGCUUUGUUUUUCAUUGUGUUUGUGACCUCAGCAGGGUGGGUGUCUCCCCACUGCUCCCUGACCUAAAUCUGAGCAAGGUCCCCCGGGAUGGCAGCGGGUGCUGUGACCUAGGGAGCAGACUCCUAGGAACCCCGGCCUGUGCGCAGGUCUGUCCCUGACCGGAGGCUGUGCUGUUGCCUGCAGAGCAGAGCACACCUGUCUCGAGGUCCGAGACAAGCAGCGGUCACCGUGGUGAAGGGACAGUCUGAGCUGGGGCCAACCAGGCUGUUUAUAGUCUGCCCCCUUGUGUUCUCUCUGGUCACUGCCCUAAUCUGCCCCCCCCACCCCCCACCCCGGAGCAGGGAAGGAGGGCUGUGUGGUGCUCUGCUAAAUCCGAUGACUUAUCUCUGGAAUGUUCUCUGGGACUGUCUCCCACCCCCAGAAAGGUGCUCUUGAAAACCUCAGUGCAAGGAAGAGACUUGAGCUUUCACCCCCAACCACCCCCACCCCCCUUACAGUUCUGUGCACACAAGUGCUCAGUAGAUGUCCUUGGGUCUGUAGACAAGUGGGAGAUUUGGGAUCUGCACCCGGGGAUGUACAUGGGGUGGAUUUAGAAAGAUCUCAGGAAAAUGAGGUUCUCUUCCCUCAGGUAGUUGUGAUGUUCGCGCCCUUGUCUCGCCGGCAUGGGCCCUGGUUGCCCCCCACAGCCAAUGUCAACUCACCUUGCUGCCAGUUAAGUCGGGGGACAGCUUGCCAUUGAAGUGUGCUACUGCAACCGUCCCAGGCCUCAGUGCUGGGUCCCAGAAAAGUGAAAGUGAAAACAACCCCCGCAAAAAUAAAAAUCACCCUUAAAGCCACCCCCAUGGCCCACAGAUGUUCCUGUGGCUUGUCCAGCUCUUCUCCCUCACGGCUCUGAAUGCUACAGCCAUUGUGGCUGCUUGAGCCUUUUGAACCUGAAAUCCACUCUCCCUGGAACCAUAACCGAAAGACAUCUGGGUUGUUGCUUUCUUGUUUUUUUUUUUUUUUCUGUUGUUGUUCGUUUUCCAUGAUUUCAAUACCACCUCCAUCCCAUAAAAUUGUACUGUGAACUGGAAGAUGGCUGAAUUUUUAAAAUUUGAUAGAGACUGGGCAGCGGUUCCAUUUAUAUUUCGCUCCUGGCUCUGUUCAGGGAGCCAGGCAUCGCCAAUCUGGCAGGCCCAGGUGGCAAGACCGGCCAUGCCGUGCACCUUUCCCCCUCUGUGCCCACGUGCUGCUUUGAGGUGACAGAGAUAAAUCCGGACUUAAGGACGGAGGGACUUUCUUAGAAAGGGUGACUGCAGCGGGGACAGGGAAUAUUGCAGUAGGCAUAAUGCAACUGCGGCAAGGUCUGCUCACAUCCCAAAGCCCAGAAGAGGCCUUUGCUUUUAUAGGGAGGAGUGAACUUGGCCAGAAAGAGGUAUAUUCAGGGACCAUGUUUGUGCUCGCCUUUCGGGGGAGGGGCUGUAGGUCGGCUCGGGCUAAGGGUGGGUCCAGGUUCGGAGUCUAAGGGGAGGAGGGCUUAACAAAGGCUCAGUGGACUGAGUUAACCAGCGCUGUGUUCAGAUGGCGAUGCAUAUACAUCUUUUCAAAAGUUAAUUUAGCCUUCUGCCAGUUUUACAACCCUGGAAAUGUUUUCCUUAAGAGCCUGGGAGCCAUCUCUGCAAUGUAAACCUCAGGGGACUUCAAGGGAGAUAGUGCCUGGCUCCCUGCCUGUCUCAGUGGGAGCUGCAGCCCAGGCGCCCGGCUCCGAGUUGUAACUACCUGGCUGCCCUGGGUUCUCUUUAGCCUUGUUUACUUCUCCCUGUAAAAGAAAAGCUCCUUUCUGCCCCGGCUCUGAGACACGUGCAGAUCUCCUGGGAUUGCAGAUCUCAGCCCUACUGGGUCGUUCCUUGCCCGUCUCUUGCAGUAAUCCUUUCGAAUAAAGCCUCCCCUUACCUAUGUCCAAAUUUGUUAUUUGGCAGAGGGGACGGAAGAUGUGCAUAUUUAUAUUGGGGACCAGUUCUACAGUCAGUGAUUGUAUUAACUGCAUGUAUAACAGCUCUGCUGGACACUCGAGAAAGCCAAGGGAAUGCCAACUGGAAAGGUGCUAAGAGGGGUUCUGCAGAAUCCAAGCCAGGUGCCCCCCAAAGUCACCCUUUCCCACAUCUCACACCAUCCACUGUGUGUGCGUAUGUGUCUGGGAUCCAGGGCAAUGUGAAUUUUCUUUUAUUUGGGAGACUGUUUGUGGAAAACAGGUCAUCUUCUUUCUUGUCCACCUAUUAAUUGUUUACAGUAGUUGUACAUCUAUGCAAAAUACUUGAAUGGGCCGU